AUGCCUAAUUAUAAUAACGGUAUUGCCUCAUCAUUGCCCACACGUGCACAGUCUCCUAUUAAUAUGCCAAGAGGAGCUCAUCCAGGAGCUGUUUUAUUGUCUCCAAACCGUGGGCCUCUGUCGUCGAUGUCCACAGGUCCAGGAAGUGGCGCGAGUGGGACGACGCAGUCGUCCCAACACUCCUUCAGCUUGAGAGAUAUGUUAGAUCAGCAGCAGGCCGAAUCAUCUGGGGGAGUUGGUUUGAUAUCGCCGCUUGUGCAGGCGCAGGGUGCCUCUAUUUGUGGAAAGACCACUUUUCUGGAAUCUUUUGGAUCGCGGCCAUCUAGCGCGGUUGGAAUGCAUCCUCCACAGCCGGCGCAGGGCCAGCCGGCACUGAAGAUGAAUAACAACAUCAUGGUGAACUUCACCAAUGAUGUGAACCAACUAUGCACGUGGAUGGCCAUGCUGACACCUGCACAGCAGAACACCGUCAUGGAUAACUUGCUUUCUUCGCUAACUGAAGACGUUUUGCAGCAUACAAAGCUGAAGCUUGACAGUAUGACGAACAGUGGAUACCUCUCACCAUCGCUACGGCCAAUUGCAUCGCCGGUUCCCAGCCGUGUGGCUGAGGGCAGUUCUGGUCUCAGCGCUCCGAAUGGCAUACAGCUUCCAGGAGCGCAGACUUUGGACUCGGUCCUCACAGACACACCUACCGGGAUGCUAAGUAAUUCGGCUGGAGCUGGCAGCGGUGGCAACGUAAAUGCCGCCGGCGGCGGAAGCAGCAGCAGUAGCAGUGGAGUCGCGAACAUGUAUAGAAGAUGGUCUCCCAACCCACAAAUCUCGUCUGUGACGCAGCCAAUGUACGACUAUUUGAGCGAGAUCACGCGGCCCAGAUCUGCAGAUGUUGGUCGCUUGCGUUCUGGAUAUCAACCACAAUCGCAUCAUCAAAAUGGACAGUAUCAAAAUGGUCACCAUCAUAAUUCCAGUCUCAGUCAUGUGCAUCAUGAUAGCGGGAAUGGAAGCCUGUUCAAUAGUGAUAGUAGUGUGAACAACCAGAAUGGAAGCGUUUACAAUGGCGUUAAACACACCAGUCCACAGUCUCCUACAUCUUCCCUGGCUAUGAGUGACAGCGUUAGCUCGAUAUUUUCAGAGCCACAAGGUUCUACUCAGCAGAGUGCCUUAGGUAGUUUAGCAUUGGGCUCCGCUGCGAGCGCUACUGCAUCGGCAUCCGCUGCGAAUGCUUCAGCAUCCAAUUCUGCCUCAAUAUCUACGUCCAGUAACAGCUCCAAUAUGAAUCCGAAGUCGUUAUGCGACCCUAAGAUGCUGAAGAACAUACCAGCCUGGCUCAAGUCCCUGAGAUUGCACAAAUACUCUGGAUCAUUGGACGGUAUGACUUGGCAGGAGUUGAUCGAAUUAGACGAUGUUGUGCUGGAAGAAAUAGGCGUGAGCGCCUUGGGAGCUAGACGGAAGUUGUUGAAAGCAUUUGCAAUCGUCAAAGACUGCAAGGAGCGUGGUUUAAUUAAUGAGAGCGCUUUUUCUGUUAAGGUACGAAGUAAAAGCGAUUCGUGA